ACGGCACUGGGAGACGGGACAAGGAGGGGGUGGUGAGAGAUUCAGGAGGGAGGAACAAGAAACUGAGAAGAGGAGGAGGGUCGAAGCCAUUGCGUCUCGGCGUGCGGGCGGAUACGGCAUUGGCACUGCGGGUCAGAGUGGUUGGGUCACCACCACCACGCCAUAUAGCUUAGCCACUGCGUAAGUACGUGUGUACGUACACGUUCGAGUACGCAGUCAUUGCGAAUCGCACAUUAUUGAUACGUGCAUACAGUGUACGGAGAGAAGACCGCAACUUUGGAACCGGGAGCCCUGCUACAAAGUUUAUUUGUGUUUGAUUCAGGCGCCGAGUUUUGAGCAGCGUGUGCGCUACAACUUCAGUCAUGCAAACCAAACUACAGUCUUGUCAACAGGCAGAUGGACGUAUGGAGCUUCAUAUUCGUGAUGUUUUGUAAUCAUCGAGAACACAAGUCUCUGUUUUAAAGGAAGCUCUCGAAAACGUAAACAAUCGCCUCGAUUCGGUGAAGACGAGUGAAGCUGGCCGCAGUCAAGAAGAGUCCCUUCAGUCGUUCAUUGAACAACCACGUUUCUCCAUCGCUCCCUUUCUCGGACUAUACUGCCGGAUUAUUUGUGCUGGAUACCACGAGGAGGGCGCCACCCUUGCCUGAUGAAUUGAGGAACAGCUGGCUGGAUUUGGAGGUGGGGACGAUGGGAGCCAGAGACCCCCUUGGACAUCAUCACCAAGCCCGCAUCGGGACCUCCUCGUCUCGAUGAGAACCCAGCCGCGAGUCCCCUCUGCGUAAACCGAGUCGCGAGGAACUCUCCAGCCGCCUCCUAUCGGACGUUGUGUUCCCGCAAAGCCCUGGUCCCACAAAGCCCUGGUCCCGCAAAGCCCUGGUCCCACUGCUUGGCAACGCAGCUGGGGGUUAGUGUCAGGGUGACAUUGGGACCUGGUGAGGCCGGAUUUGAGGGAAGACCUCCAGUGCAAGCGACGAGAGUCCACCACAGUCAUCUGCAGGCCAACGUGGGCCCGGCCACCCCAUGAGAAUGUCCAAGGCGCUGAGGAAGAGGAAUCACUGGAGCGGGCGGCUGCGCGAGGCUGUGCUGAGCAUCACUGCCACUCCGAGUGGCGCGAGGCUUGUGCCGGCCCUAUCCCUGCUCGGCGGUGCCGAGGUGGCACAGUUCCCGUACCUGGCCACAGCGGUGGACGAGCAGCAGGUGCGAGUUCUGGCCGGAAAGCUGCAGGCCGGUGACCUGCUGCUGGAGGUGAAUGGAGCACCCGUCGCUGGGCUCACGUCGCGCGACGUCACCGCUCUCAUCGCCGCCAGCCCCAGUCCCGUGCAGCUCAAGCUGCUCAAACCCGGUGGAGCGCUCACCAAGGACCUGCGGCUCUACCUCAACCAGCGCUUCCAGAAGGGUUCCGUGGACCACGAGCUGCAGCAGACGAUCCGUGACAACCUCUACCUGCGCACCGUGCCCUGCACGACUCGGCCACCCCGGGAGGGCGAGGUCCCCGACGUCGACUACAACUUCAUCAGCGCGGCAGAGUUCUCCGACCUCGAGAAGAGGGGGGCACUGCUGGAGACCGGCACCUACGAAGGCAACUUCUACGGCACGCCCGUGCCGUCGGCCGAGGCGGUGCUGCCGCUGGAGCUGCUGCUGCCGGGAGCCCGGCCGAGCUCUGAGGGCAAACGGCGACGCAACCAGUCCGUCACCGACAUGGAGCGAGCGACGGGGCCCGGCGGCGGGGGGCGCAGCGCGGCCAACGACGCCACCGCCGCGGUCAACGGCAACGGCGCUUGCGGCACAUCAGAUUCGAGCGAAUGCGACGAGGUGAGGGUCGACUCCUCCUCGAGAAGCCACUCUCUUCUGUAUCGCCCCCCUGACGGUCCCUCGCUCUACCUGGGCACCAGCGAUCCGAGCCGCGGGGCCCCAUUCCUGGGGGCCCCCUCCUACUGGGACGACGACGAGGUGUUGGGUCCACUGCCGGAUCGCUGGGAGAAGGCGUCGACGGAGGAGGGCGAGGUCUACUUCAUCGACCACGACACGAAGACCACGUCCUGGCUGGAUCCACGUCGCGCGCGCUUCCAGAAGCCGCUGGAGGAGUGUCAAGACGACGAGCUUCCGUACGGCUGGGAAAAGAUCGACGACCCGCAGUACGGCACCUACUACGUCGACCACUUGAACCGGAAGACGCAGUUUGAGAACCCCGUGAUCGAAGCCAAGCGGAGGAGCAACCACCCGAAAGAGCCCUCGGCCUCCACGCUGCCCCGCGCGCGCCCUUCGCCGGUCAGCCCCCAAGCGCAGAGGUCACGAAGCACCAACGACCUCGCGCCCACCACUCCCGCCACGCCCGCCGGUACGCUGCGCCCCGGGAAGGCGUUCUUCACGAGGGACGAGCGCGAGCUAUCGGGCGAGCGCGUGCGCACCACCCUGCGCAAGACGAGCCGGGGCUUCGGCUUCACCAUCGUGGGGGGCGACCAGCCCGAGGAGUUCCUGCAGGUCAAGAGCCUCGUGCCCAGUGGCCCCGCCGCACUCGACGGGCGCAUGUGCACCGGUGACGUGAUCGUGAGCGUGAACGACGCCUGCGUCCUGGGCUACUCCCAGGUGGACGUCGUGCGAAUCUUCCAGUGCAUCCCCAUUGGUCAGUGCGUGACCCUCGACCUCUGCCGCGGCUACCCUCUGCCAUUCGACCCCGACGACCCGGCCACGCACAUGGUGACGGCGUUCGCCGUCUCGGGCAAGGAGCCGAUGAUCAUCAACGGCUGGCCGCUCGCUGACCCGGGCCUCCCACCGACCGUGGCGGCGCUACCGGGACUGCCGUCGUUGCACUCCACGCCGGACUCCGGCACCGCCGUCCGCUCCCAGCAGCAGCAGUGGUGGACGAGCACCGCAACGCAGGGCGCACAUGAUGCGCCGGAGAACGGACAUGCACGCGACGACGGAGACUCGCUGGCAUCGUCGGGGACCUCGCAGCCCGAGCUGCUGACCGCCACAGUCGUGAAGGGCCCUGCGGGGUUCGGCUUCACGAUCGCGGACGGCGCCGGCGGGCAGCGUGUGCGGCAUAUCCUGGACCGGGCGCGGGGUCGCGACCUCCGCGAGGGCGACCUCAUCCUACAGGUCGGAGGUCGCGACGUGCAGGGCCUGAGCCAUAUGCAGGUGGUGCAGAUGCUCAAGGACUGUCCCGUGGGCAGCCCCGUGCCCUUCGUCGUUCAGCGUCCCGGCACUGGGAACCACUCCCCAAACAGAAGCCAACAAUCGGAGUUUGAGAGGCGGAACAGCGCGGGGAGCUUCCGCGAGAGCGGCCCCCCUGCAGCCCGCCCGGGCCCCCCGUCGCUGUACCUGCCCUGGACGGGAACAAGCCCCCCCGGGCACACCGCCACCGCUCCGCGCCGCGCCCUGCUCUACCCCCCGCCCCCGCCAGGCCCCCCGAGUUUCGGUCAGCAGGGGCGCCCCCCAGGACCGGCGACGUCCGAGGGUCCCCGAGAACUCACCGAGAGUGCGACGCUGGAGUUCCGGGAUAUCGACGUGUUCCUCCGGCGCCAGGAGACCGGGUUCGGAUUCCGAAUCCUGGGCGGGGAGGAGCCGGGGCACCCGAUUCGCGUGGGCGCGGUGGUGCCGCGGGGGGCGGCCGACGUGGAUGGGCGACUGCGCCCCGGCGACGAGCUGCUGUCAGUGGACAGCUCGCCCGUGGAGGGCCACGUGCACCAGCACGUCAUCGCGCUCAUGCAGAAGGCGGCGCUCAACGGGCACGUCAGCCUCACCGUGCGCAGGGCGCUCGCGCCCGCACCCUCCGGUCCCCUGGGCCCCCCGUCGCUGUCGAACCUGCACGCGUACGGCGGCGCCGCGGGGCCACCGGUGGAGCCGACGGGCGGCUCGUCACCGCCGGAGCCCCCGCGGGGCCUCGUGCAGGAAGUGCAGGGCCUGUCGCUGGAGUGCACGCCCAGCGACGUCACCGUCCAACGGCAGGAGCACGAGGGGUUCGGCUUCGUCAUCGUGUCGUCGCUCGCGCGGCCCGAGGGCGGCCCGGCCAACGCUCUGCCGCACAAGAUUGGGCGCGUGGUGCCGGGCAGCCCCGCGGAGCGGUGCGGCGUGCUGCGCGUGGGUGACCGCAUCGUGGCGGUUAACAGGCGCUGCAUCCUGGACAUGUCGCACGCCGAUAUCGUGACGCUGGUGCGCGACGCAGGGCUCACCGUCACGCUCGCCGUCCUCCCCGCUCCCGAGAGCAGUGGAAACCCGUCGCCAAACGCCACCUCCCAGCCCAGCACCCCGGGACCCGCCACCUCCAGCUCUGCCACCAUCGAUAUACACAGGAGACAGGAGAUACCCGUGAACAAGACGCCGCAGAGGGCUCUGUACGAGGCGGUGCUCGAGAAGGGCGAGAGGGGAUUUGGGUUCAGCAUCCGCGGGGGGCGCGAGUACGGGAUGGAGCUGUACGUGCUGCGUGUGGUGGAGGGGGGCCCGGCCGCCACAUCCUCGCAGAUGCAGGUCGGAGACCAGAUUGUGGAGAUCGGUGGGGAGAGCACCUCGGACAUGACGCACGCACGCGCCAUCGAUCUCAUCCGCGGCAGCGGCGGCGCCGUGCGCCUGCUCCUGCGCCACGGCUCGGGGCACGUCCCCGACCACGCGGCAGAUGGUGGGGUCGACGGCUCCACCACGACGCCGCCUGCAAGUUCCCCGCGAGUACCGGAUGUGACUGGCCACCCCGCGGACAUCGCCGCGCCCUCCGCACUGCCCGUCGUCACCGGUCACAAACCCCCGGCUGAGGCCGACGUCACUUCAGCACGAGAGAGCGAAGCCGAGCCAAAUCGAGCAGACGCGAUCGCGAGCCCGAGCCGUGUCGCGCUUCCCCCGGCGGAGAAGCAGAGCGGUGCGGACGCUGGGUACGCCGAGCGCCCCGAUGGGCGGGAAGCCGACGCCGCCCGCUCGGAGCUUCACCCCGGCUCGCCGGGGGGACGCUCCCUCCUCGACACCGCCUCCGACGUGGCGGCCGCCAAACAAACCGAGGAGACGAGCCGACGGCAGUUACCGCCGCCGGAGGCUGACGGAGCCGUGAGCCCCACUGGGGUUGCGGGAGACGAGGGAGACGGCUCCAACAACUCCGGAGGAAACCGGGACAAGCCGCCCCCUCCCAGGGAAGGUGAAACGAUGGCGGCAGCCGCGGAUGCCACCGUCCCAGUAGAAGUCGGGGGGCACAAGGAGUUGGAGGGGGUGGUGGCAGCAGCAGCGUCGCCUUCACGCGAGGCGGUGGACGAUUCGGAGCCGUCAAGCGCGCCGCCCAAACCGGCGGCUGUGCAGCCGGCAUCCAACGCAACACUGCCUCGCAAGCACGUGGGCCGACCCGGGCCUUGGAGAGUCCCAGCUUCGGACAGGAUCCCCAGCGCCAUCAAGCAGUAGUGGCAAGGACACGAGGAUCCUGACGUCGGGCGGUUGAGUCUCUUGCUUUUGUUAGACCGAGCGGAGCAACGAGCAGCAAAAGCACCUUCUGUAAUUAUUGAAGAUCUCUGCGUGGUUACGACUGGAAUUGUCGAUGCGUGAGAGAAGAGAGAGUUUGUGCUUGCACAGCUGCACAUGCAUCACUGUUGAGUGCCAAUGAUGGAUGCGUUUCCCAAUGUGAGUGGCAGUGCUAUGAACUCGCAACCGGACUCGCAAUUUUGUAUUACCGCUGCAGUGCGAGUUGCUUUCAGACAGCAGAUGUUAUGUUCUUGCUUAGAUUUUAAUUUGCUUGCUAAGCUGCAGGGCACGUUUAAACAAUAAGACUUCCGUUGAAGUAUUCAGUGUUGAGGCUAGAAAGUGAUGCUUCGAACGGUGAACAUAUAGCGGUUUUUACACCGACAUCAUCGCGAUGGCCAACUGCAGUGUUAAAAUGUAAAUUACUGACAACUCCUUGGAGAAUCUCGGUAAAAUUGCACAUGCAAAACCACAUCCCAGGUUCUGGGUAGGGAUUAAGCAGCCUUUUAACUUGAUUUGAUAUCGUUUAAUCAGCCGAGUACAUUUCUCUUUGCUGUAAAUCUGGGCAGAGUAGACAUAGUCAGUGCCUGGGAGUCACUUAGAUGCAUCGUGAUAUGCGUGCCCCUCUGCUCGCGUGCCUUUUGUUAUUUGUCAAACACCAGCUCGGAGAGUCGCAUUUUAGAGGCUUAAGAAAAUCCCCUGUUCUUGCGUGGGUUCAUUUUUUGCACCGGACAUAAGAAUCCGCUCAUUCACCCAUGUAACGUUUGGGGGGUUGAGACUCUUUUUUUCUACUGAUGUUAAGUGUAAUUAGUUGAGCUUGGGCCGAGUUAUUUAAUCAAUGGAGUGGGUGCCGCUGGCAGGCUCGGCUCUUGGUUUACGUUGUCGGAAUUUGGUCGGAACCAAAACAAACCUCGUGCAGAAAUUGUGUCUGCUGCAUGGUCUAGAGUUCGUAUUCUGCAAGGAACCACGGGGUUACGAUGACACGCUAUACUGUUGGAAAAAAAAUUUUGUUAAUAGUUAUUGGCCGAUAUUCUGUUGUAAAAACUGAGUCGCCCAGAUCUGGACAGAUAGGAUCGCUGAUCAUCCUAGUAGGCGCAAUGUCCAAUCAAAAUCAUAGAGAUCAGAGGUCGCAUGACUGCCCAAGACCACUGUUCAUCAAUUCACUUUUUAACAAUGUUUUAAUUGCCGGAUAGAACUAAUUUGUAUUUGCUUUCAUCAACUUGCCACAGUUGCUCAUUGUAAAUGCAUUACCAGUGACUAUUGCCGGAAACAAUUGCCCCUGUGCAUCAUGUGGCUUAGGGUGAUGGGCAACAGCUGAUUAUCGGAGGAGAAAAGGCCUGCCGAUCUAAAUGUUGACUUUAUUUAUCUCUUUCGGAGUAAAUCUAUCCCUCCGAUGUCUUACCAGGAUUACUCUUUGACUGAUGUAUUUUUAAUGAGCUGCAGGGAGGGCUUAUGGACGCUUUCUGGCUUUAGUCGAACCCUUAUACUGUGAAUUAUAGAAGUAAUUGUUUUAAACUGGAACCUAUUUUGUCGACACUUUUUUCUCGUUAACGCGAGUGCUUGAGACGCAUGCGUUUUGUACAACGUGCCGUUUUAUAAUUUGUACCACGAGAUGUGUUUUAGGGCCACAAAAAUACAGGAUUUGGGAUGCAAACUGGAUUCCCAUGAAGCAGACUGUAUCGGUAAAAAAAUUCCCCUUUAAUUUCCCCACAGCACGCGCGCAUUCCCAAUCUCCAAACAGCCGUGGGCAAAACCAAAGUGAAGCUGCUGCGCGGAGUAAUAAGAGAAGCAAUAUCACACAGCAGGGCUACUUACGCUGACAUUAACGCUGUUGGAGAAUUGACGAGUGGAGGCUGCUGUUGAUUGCUUCACUGGGACAUCACAGGGCAAUUAAAGCGAGUGAAUACUUAGAAUGGCGUAACAAAUGACUUCAUAAACUAACCAUCGUUAGCAUGGAAGUAGACAAAAUAAUGCUUUGGCAGUGGUGAAAAAAGUAUUGCCAUAGUCAGCAUCAACCCUGCCUUUUAAUUACAUUGGGGACGGAGCAGAGGCAUCGGAAUUUAUGCACUGCCCGAAAAACCUGGAAACCCGAGUUUGAUUCCUGGCCACGGCUAACAUCAGUGAGGAAGUGAUAACUGAAUUCGUUCUGGUUCCACCUCCACCAAACCCGCACUGACCAGCAUGAAGUAUGGUUCAAACAAGCCCCAUGAUCAACACAUCGUGGCGAGGCCUUCAUCCAGCAGGGCUUAAAAUUAUCGUCUGGCGUAUGUAGCGUUAAUGACAGACGCAUGUAAUGUAUAGUAUGAUGUAUUAGGCAACGGCCUUUACUCUCUUUUGAAGGGAAGAGCCAUUGCCCCAAAGCAUCCGGCCUAGUGUACUUGUUGCCAUAAUUAGCAUGGUAAUGUUGAAGUACGUCCAACAACAUUACUCAUCAAACUGUAUAUACAUUACAUUGAUGCAGCACAACUAAGCCCCCUUCAUUGUCAACUUUCCCGGAGUUAUGCCUGAGCGAAGGCUACGUUAUAUGUCUAUCCUGCACACAGCUGGUGGAAAUAAGGUCGGGGACUGCAAGAAACGACGCUCCAAGUUUCUGCCAACGUGUCCGUCCAAUGUGUCCGUCCAACGGUGCGAUACCCCAGUCGACACUGUCGGGAGGACACAUUUGACACAGUCGUCAUUUCGUCUCAACACGCGCCUCCUUGCCACACAGCACAUUUGGAGGCGCUCGAACGGGGAAUUUGAGAUCAAUACUCGGCGAGGAAGUUACUGCAGACAAAUAUGUUCACAAACAACACAGUUGAGGCAAUAUGUGUAUAUAAUAUACACAACAGAGAAAACAAAAACGCAAAUACAAAAGUAUUAUCAGUGACUAGUGCGGAGCGUUUGAUGGCUCCCUCUGAUGUAGGUCAGCAGCCAAAAGUAUUGAAGAGACUGGGUGGCACGAAUGCAUUUCAUUAAUCUGCCUUCUUACAUCCUCAUCGUUACACUGCCUUUGCAAAGCUUUGGAAUUAUUUGUUACAUUUUACAUACAGUAUACAACAAAAACUGCAGAUGUGCUGAUGUUUGUUUAUACAAAUUGCUUUCAGGUGCUUGGUUUGGUUUUCUUAAUUGCAGACGUUUAGGCCUAAUUGAGGUAUUUACAUCAUUAUCUGGUAUCGCCCAACAACUGGUUCAUUUUUGGACGAUUCCAAGAUUGGCAGUGGUCAUUCAUGAUGCAGUGACCUACAAGGGUGACAGCUUACGAAAGAAAUGUUUUGAUUUGUAUCGGAAUUACGGUGUUUAUUUUUCCUCAUUUUGUUCGUGGCAAUUAAACAACAUUUGCUAUUUGUGUGUAAAAGUGACGUGAACUAUCCAUAUGCAUAGCAUCGUAAUAAGUGCUUUGUGGUGAGAGGUGGGAAUGCUGUGAGCCCAUGAUGACCUAACCAGGUAGUCUGCUAAUUUGUAUAUGUGGUAAUGGAGCAAUUGCUUCAAAUGUAGAUCAUUUGGAGGGCUCAUGCCUACGGACUGUUUAUACAUUAGUAAAAAUUACGACACUGUAUAAAAUAAAGACCAGAAGGCAUGAA